AUGGUUUACGCUACCCGCAGCAGGGUCAUCAGCGGGAGUGCCCCGACCGCAACAGAAACCACCUCCACUCACAACCUCAAAGAGCCCAUCUCGACCAAACACAUCUCUAUCGCUCUCUCCAAGAAGACCCCUUCGACCAUCUCAAAGAAGAGCAGCUCUACCACCACCACCACCACCAGUAAACCCCACACAAUCUCGACCAAAGAUGGCCACCGCAACCACUUGAACGACGGUAAGGAGCACCAUAUCCUUGAGGAGGACGGGCAGGAUCGCCACCAUAUCUGGUACCGCAAUUUUAGCGAGAAUGACGACCUUGCACACCACAACCUCAAAGCUGCUCAGUCGGGUCGUAGCCGGUCCGAUCGCCGCGAGAAUCUUCAUACCGAGAAUGGAGCUACGACUCGCCGUGUUCGGCACUUGUCUCGCCAUGAUGUUGAUGCCGCUCUUCAUAAGGGUACUCCUGCCUCCCAGGGCGCUGUUCCCGAGACUCCAAUGGAUCAUCAUCACAUCCGGUACAUCUCUGACGAUGAUUCAACGAACGCGAUGAAUGUCGAUACACACUCUCAACAACUCGCACCGCUGAGUAACAGCAGCGGUGGAUCUUCGGAUGAGGGGACUCGGAACGCCCGUCAUCGUCAUAGAGCCACCAAGUCUGGCUCCUCUCGUACUUCUCCCUCCUCCGCUCUUUUGACCAAGCACUCGCCAAAGUCAACCGUCGGAAAGGGUACUAGCCACACCGAGACCACACAGUCCAGAACCCCCAUGCACUUGGUCGACUCGAUAGUCGUCAGCCAUGCUGGCCAGCAUGCCAUCUCCAGCCACUACAAGGGCAGCGACAGCACCAUGACCACCACAACCACAACCGCCACCCAUUCUAAUGCAGAGCUCCUCGCCGAGCAGCGCGAGCGUCUGGAACGCCACGAGACCGCCACCCACUGCAUCACCCAAAAGUCGCUCCUUGAUCGCGAGAAGGCUCAUGAGGCCAUCUUGUCGCUCGACCACGAUGUUAUCCUCUUGCAGAAGCUCCUUCAAGAAAAGGAAGAGGCUCUCCGUGCUGCUGAGGCCCGUGCCGCCGAGUUCCAGCAGGUCACCAUCCACACCGAGACUUUGACCCGUGAGAUCCACGAUCUUGAGAUUACCAUCCGCGAUCUCCGCACAAACCUCCGCUCCAAGGAGAAGGCUCUCAAGGAGGCCCAGCAGCAACAUGCUGCUGAUCGUCUCGAGGGCCAGAAGCAGCAAACAUUUCUUGAGCACGAGAUCUCCAAGCUGAAGGGUAACCUCAAGGCCAAGGAGCAUGUCCAAGCGCAGUCUCUUCGCCUCCAGAAGGAUCUUGACGAGGCCAACAAGCAGCGCGCCCAGUUGAUUGUCGAAAUCAGCGAGAUCUCUGAGAACCUCAAGGUGAAGGAGACCGACCUGAUGGGUGCCCACGCGACCGUCAAGAGGCUGGAGCACAGCAACAGCGCCUAUUCCGAAGAGACCCACCGCUUGGCUGAUGAGCUCGGACUCUUGAAGCAGAGGUUGGCUAGCCACGAGUAUGAGCUCAAGGACUGUCAGCACAAGAUCAAGACCCUCGAGGGUGCUCAGGAGAAGGUCCAUAUGUUGAACCUCCACAUCAAGGAGUUGCGCGACCAGAUCUCUGAGCGCGAUGCCACCAUCAAGGAAUUGGAGAAAGAUAACAAAGCUCUCAAUGCCCAGAGCAUCCAUACCGACACGCUUAUGGACGACAUCCGUAUUCUCAAGAACGAUCUCGCCGAUCGUGAGAUCCAGCUCUCCAAGGCCUUGAAGUCCGUCAAGUCGUUGAACGUGUUCAUGGACCGCACUCUCGCUCUGGAGGACGAGGUCAAAGAUCUCCGUGACCAGGUUGACGUCCAAGAGAAGCACCUCACCUACCUCGAAGACGCUCUUAUGGCCCACGAGGACUGCGCUGUCGAGGCCCAGCAACUCCAGGACCAGAUCGAUAUGCUCGAGAACCUCCUCCAUGAGAAGGGAGGCGAGAUUGCCCAGCUCCAAAAGGCUAACAAAGGUCUCGCGAUCAAGGACGCCAAGAUCGAGACGCUCCAAAAGGAGAUCCAGACCAUCCUGCACGAGAUGGAGGCCAAGGAGAAGGCUGCCCUCAACCUCCAGGAGAAGACUGAUCAAGACCUGGCCAGGGUCAGCUCGACCGCCAGCGCCCUCCGCACCGAGGUCGAGGGUUUCCGCCAAGAGCUCAAGGAUAAGAACUACGAGUUGGAGCAUGCCCACAAGACGAUCGAUGAGCUCAAGGACGAGAAGGACCGCAACAUGCAUUUGACGAUCGAGAUCACUAAGCUCGAGAAGAUUAUUUCCGACAAGAACCGCCGGGCGAACGAUCUUGAAAAAAUGGUGGAGUCCAUGAAGACCCACGCCGACCGUGCUGGUCGUCUCGAGGGUGAGGUCAAGGAGUUGCAGAGGGAGGUCCGUCAGGGCAAGAAGGCUGCCGACCAAACCGUCAAGAAUCUGGCCGCGGUCUCGUCUACUGCCAACACCCUCCGUGUCGAGGUUGAGUCUUUACGCGAGCAGUUGCACGAGAGAGAGAAAGAGCUUGCUCAUGCCGACAGGAUCGCCGAGGAUCUCGAGAAAAAGACCCAGCAAGUCAAGGAACUGUUGAUCAGGAUCAACAGUCUUGAGACUACGCAGCAAAACUACGUCAUCCGUGCCCACAAGGCCGAGGACAUGUCCAGGGGUCUUGAAGCCGAUAUCGCGACUUUGGAGGCUCGCAUUGCUGGAUUGCUGCACACGCUCAAGGAAAAGGAGAAUGGAUUGCAGGCUGCCUUGGACAAGGCCAAGAAGGACCACGACUCUGCCCUGUUGCGUUUGGAGGAGACCCGCAUUACUGUCACCAAUCUCAAGAAGCAACUCGAGGAUGCCGAAAAGGAUGCUCGGCAUCAGCUCCUUGCCAAAGACGACCAAAUCCAUGUUCUCAUGAACGAGAUCAGCCAAUGGGAGAACCAUGAAGAAGGCUGGGUCAACAAGACGACUGAUUUGACAGAGGAAAUUGAGAGGAGCACAGAUUUGGUGCGCCUUAAGGACAAGGCCAUCCACGACCUCAAGUACAAGUUGAGCGAACACAAUUCUGAAAUUGGCCGCCUCAACGACGCCAUCAACCAGGCUCGCGGUGAAAUCCACGCAGACCGCAAGCGCCGCGCCUCUGAAAUCGAGGACACGGUUGCCGAGAAGACCCGCCACUUCCAUCAGGACAAGGCCGUCCUCAAGAGGACCAUCUCCGACCUCGAACACGACAUCAAGCACCUCGAGAAGAAAAUUCGUCUCGAUCACGAUCAUGCCGUCCUUGAACGCCAGUUGGGUGAGCAGAUCCGUGAGCUAACCCUUUGGAAGCAAAACUCGGAAGAGCAAACCAAGGAGUGGGAGAUUACCGUCGCCAACUUGGAGAGCGAGAAAGAGCUGCAGGUCGGAUUGUUGACUCGCUAUGAGCGUCAGAUUGAUACCCUCCAGUCCCAGGUCGAUGGCGCUGAUGCCUGGCGUUUGAGGGCGAUCGGGCAGGCCGAAAAGUUGACUGCGAUGAUUGGCAGACUCGAGAAGGAGCUGAAUACCUUGAAGGCUACCCUUGCUCAGCACGAUGCCAAUGAUGCCAAGCUGACUGAGAGGAUUCAUUCGCUGACCAUCCAGAUCGAAACCCUUGUGACCUCCAGGGAUGAGCUUCGCCGUGAGGCCAGCGCCAAGGAUGACCAGAUUACCGACCUAGAGGAGCGUCUUCGUGGUGAGGUCAAUAGCUAUAAGGCUCGCCUUGCCGACACCCGUCGUGAGCUCUCUGCGAAGGACAAGAAGAUCGAUGUCCUCAACGCCCGGAUUGCUGAGUCCGCUAGACAAAUGGCGGAUCUUGAGUCUCGUGCUGCUCAGGACCAGGACUCGAUGGUAACAAUGGAGAGCACGCUCGACAAGCUGCGCCACACCUUGGCAGCCCAGAUGGACAAGUACAAGUCCCUCGACAGCAAGUAUCAGGCUGCCCUCCAAAUCCAAGCCGACCAAGAUAAGCAACUCUACAAGCUCGAGAAGACCCUCGACCGUGUCAAGGCCGAGGAUUCCGACAAGGUCGAGACCCUCGAGUCCAAGAGCCGUCAUCUCGAGAAGGACCUCAACAAGGCUCUCAAGCGUGUCGAUAUCCUCCAGGUCGAACUCCAUGCAGUCACUCGUCAGUACCAAGAUACUAUGGCCUCGCUCGAGAGAGCUAAGACGCAGAUGACCAAGAUGGUCCCCGCCGAACAGGCAAGUCACGACGCCUGUGCUAAACGCAUCCAUUUGGGUGAGAAGGAGGUUUCCAAGCUGUCGUCCAAGAUUGCAGACCUGAAAUCUCAAGUCGACCGCAUGUCCAAGGACCAAGCCGCUCGGGAUUCUGCCUGGGCAUUGACCGAGAAUAGGUACAAGGACCGGAUCCACCUCUUGACCAAAUCACGAACGACGCUCGAGUUGCGGUUGUGUGAUGCCCAGAAUGCCCGCGAUCUCGAAAAGGCCGCGCAUGACCAGGACUUGCUUCGUGCCCAACGCGAGAAGGAGAAGCAAGAAACUAUGAUCCAGUCCCUGCGCAGGACUCAAAAGCAGAUGCAGAAGGAGUUUACGACGUUAGAAACCCGGAUGCGUCGUGAGAUGAGUGCUACUAAGGAUUUGACGGGUCUGCUGAGCAAGCUCAAGGCUUCUAUUAAGCGUGAUUCUGAAGCCGAGUUGCGAUCCCUUGAUGAGCUCGAAAAGGAGCUCAAGUCGCGGGAGAUGGUGGUUGAGGAGACGAUCUCGAACACUCGCAGCCGGAUGGACAGCGGUACGUUCAUGGAGUCGAAUGAGAGCAGCAGUGGCGACAUGAUGUCCUCCUCGUCUUCAUCGUAUGCCUCGUCUGGCCACCGCAACAUCACCGCCCACUAA